AUGGUGCGCCCCAGCUGCUCGGCCCCCAGCACCUCCGUGGAGACAGCGGUGGGCGUGCUGCUGGCCCUGGAGUGUGGGCUGGGCCUGCCGGGCCAUGCUGCUGCCCUGUGGACCUUCUUCCGCCUCGAGGUGUGGAAGCCUUACACUGUGUACCUGCUCAGCCUGGUGCUGGCAGACCUGCUGCUGACCGCCUGCCUGCCCUUCCACGCAGCCUUCCACCUGAGACACAGGGCCUGGGGCCCCAGCCUCACGUCCUGCCAGGCCCUGCUCUGCCUGCUGCUCCUCAGCCGUGGAGUGGGGGUGGCCUUCCUGACCAACGUGGCCUGCCACCGGAACCUGCGUGCGCUCCACCCACGGCUCAAGGUCAUUCUGUACCCAAGGAUGGCCUGGGGCAUCUCGGGCCUCGUGUGGCUUCUGCUGGCUGCUCUCACCCACCAAAGCCUGCUGGUCUCCAAGGCUCCCCAGAACUCCACCAAGUGGCCCAGCUUCUACCCCAGCACCACGGGGCAGGAGGUGCUCUUCUUCCUCCAAAUCCUCCUUCCCUUUGGCCUCAUCUCGUUCUGCAACGCCAGCAUCAUCAGGACCCUCCAGAGAAGGAUCCGCGUGUCCCACCAGCAGCCCAGGCUUCUCAGGGCCAAGGUGCUGGUCACUGCUGUGCUGCUGCUCCUUGGGCUGUGUUUUCUGCCCAGCGUCCUGACCAGGGUCCUCAUGCACACCCUCCAAGGGUCACAAAGCUGCAGUGUCCUGCAGUCACGGUGCACAUGGCCGAGGUGCACCCACCUGCACAGUGUGCUGAACCCAGCUGACUACUUCUCCAACCCGGCCUUCACCCACUCCUACCAGAAGGUGUUCAGCAGCCUCAGAGGCAGGAGGCAGGCCGCAGAGCCUCCCAGCUCCGACCUCAAGGACUCCUAUCCUGACAGCAGCCACCCCCACCCCUGGUUAUGUGCAAACUGCGGGCACCUGGGAGUUUAGAGUCCUGAGGAAGGGGACUCUCGGCUGCCGAGCACAGACCGGGUGGAAGCCUGGCACAGCUGCUGCAGGU